UCUACAUUGAGUAGUCAAAUCUCGCAACCUGCAAACCUAUUUACUAGAGUUCCCACAAGGACAGCGAAAGCACGCCCUGUAGGUGGAGUUUGCUAUACGUUGGCUAGUCAUUAGCAGUUCAAAUGGCUGGAGAGCGCAAUUCUGUUAGAGCGUAUGCGCCAGACACGAUAAAGCAAGCAAUAGAGUAUGUAGAAGUGCAGGGAUUGUCAUACCGACAAGCAUCAGCAAGAGCUGGUUGUGCCGCCACCACCCUAUUCAAACACAAACACCAGAGAGUCAAGUACACCAGCGUUGGACGUCCUACUGCCCUCACUCCUCUAGAAGAGAAGGUUAUUGCUCGAUGCAUUAUAAGCCUUGGAAGUUUUGGCCAUCCACCAACUCGUGACAUGGUUGGCAGUGUCAUCAAAAAAUACUUCGAUGACUCUGGCAUGCAGAAUCCAUUUCCUAGUGGCUUCCCAGGCAAGAAAUGGUGGAAGAAUUUUUUCACAAGAUGGCCAAGUUUGAGUGAGCGAAAACCAGAGCACUUGACCAUCCAGCGUGCAAAAGCAGGAUCGACUGAAGUAGUGGAUAAAUUCUUUUCCAAUCUAGAAAAGAUCUUGCAAGAGGAGGGUCUCCUGACUCUACCAUACAGUGAAUUGGGGAGACGUCUGUGGAACUGUGAUGAGACUGGACUAUGUACAUCUGUUACAUCAAAAAAAGUAAUAGUACGAAAAGGCCAAAAAGAUGUCUAUGAGAUUGGCACGGGUUCUGGCCGUGAUAACAUCACAGUUCUUGCUUGUGGAUCUGCGAUAGGAGAAUGCGUCUUGCCAUAUGUUGUCUAUAAGGCCAAGACUACAAAUCCUAGCUGGAUGGAAGGUGGUCCCCACGGUUGCAUGUUCAGUGUCAGUAACUCAGGAUGGAUGGAAAGCGCUCAGUUCUCUGAAUGGUUCAUUCAGAUGUUUUUACCAGCAACAAAGCUUCUUCGACUGACAGCUCCUGUUGUUUUACUUCUUGAUGGCCAUGGCUCUCAUGUCACGUUAGAGCUAGUAACAGAAGCUGCAAAACAGAAUACUAUCAUCAUUUGUCUACCACCCCAUACAACACAUAUCCUUCAACCACUAGAUGUCUCUGUUUUCAAAUCUGUAAAGCAUGUGUGGGCACGACUUUUGAAAGAAUUCAAAAGUGAAAAGUUUGAGGCUGUGGUCUCUAAACGUAGUUUUCCAUCCUUGUUGAGUCAGCUGUGGAAAGAGAGCUUUUUUCCUGAGCACUUAGUAAGUGGAUUUCGUGCCAGUGGCAUCCACCCCCUUAACAGAAGCAUAAUUAGAGAAGAUAAGCUAAAGCCAUCGGAAGCCUACUCAGGUACAUCUAUAGAACAACCCUUGUCAGCUACUCCUGUAACAGAACGUGUCACAGGAAUUUUUAAGAAACACUUCCAAACAAUUCAAGAGACAAAAGCUAAUGUGAAAGGAAGUAGAUUACAACCAGGCUACUAUGGUGAAGCGCUAACAAGCGAAGCAGCUAUUGAAAGACUAAAGCAGCGAGAAAUGCAAAAGUCAAAGGCUAAGUCUAAGUCUAAACAGCAAGUAAAGAAAACAGUAGCAAAAAGUCCUCACAUUGAUCAGUCUGAGAGCACAUGUCAAGACUGUGGUGCACACUAUGACAAGGACACCAAACAGGAGCAGAAAAAUUGGAUUGGCUGCGACAAGUGCUGGAGGUGGUACCAUUACCAUUGUGCAAACUUGUCAACGUACCCAGACCUUGAACAGUUAUGGAUGUGUCCAGAAUGUAGUCAUUGA